UCUAGAGAAUUGAGAGAAAGAAGUCAACGCUAGAGGAAAGGUAUCGAUCCACGCUGAAAGAAACUAGAGGAAGAACGCUAUGAAAAUUGAAGUACGUAUAAGCUUGCCAAUAAGUUGACUGCAGAAAAGGAGUCUACUAGGUAUUGCUGAGAAUUUGAGACAUAGUUUGUUUCAUUGAGGUGCUGGAACUGCAUACAUUCUCUCACAACAAAUCAACAUACCAAUGGCAUCUUCAUCAUCAUCUCCGGCCUUUUCUUCUCAAUCAUGGAAUCAUGAUGUUUUCCUAAGUUUUAGAGGAGAAGAUACUCGCAAGACGUUUGUGGAUCAUCUCUACACAGCUCUUGUACAAAAAGGGAUAUACACUUACAAAGAUGAUGAGACACUUCCUCGGGGCGAAUUGAUCAAUCCAUCUCUUAUGAAGGCUAUAGAAGAGUCACAGAUUGGCGUCAUCGUAUUCUCUGAAAACUAUGCCGAUUCUUCAUGGUGCUUAGAUGAACUUGCACAUAUCAUGAAAUGCAAAGAUACGAGAGGCCAAAUAGUUAUACCCAUAUUUUAUGGCGUUGAUCCAUCUGAAGUUCGAAAACAGAAACAAAAAUAUGGAGAAGCAUUUGUUAAGCAUGAGUUGGAGAACAAAACAAAGGUUGAAUCAUGGAGAAAAGCACUUGUGGAUGCAAGUAACAUUUCUGGAUGGGAACCAAAGCACAUUGCCAACGGGCAUGAAUCAAAGGUUUUCAUAGAAAUUGUUGAAAAAAUUUCACAGAGGUUGCAGCUAGUAAGUCCAAGCGCAAAUGCCAACCUUAUUGGAAUAGCAUCUCGUGUGCAAAGUUUGAAAUUGAAGUUACAAAUUGGUUCAGGUGGUGUGCGGAUGAUUGGAAUAUGGGGUGUUGGAGGUGGUGGUAAGACUACUCUUGCAUCUUCUGUUUAUGAGGAAAUAUCUAGAAAGUUUGAUGGUUGUUGCUUUCUAGAAAAUAUCUGGGAGGAAUCAAGUAAGAAAGGGUUAGAAGAAUUGCAACAAAAAAUUCUUUAUGGUGUUUUGAGAGAGAAGAUAGUGCAGGUAGAGAGAGUGGAGGAAGGAAAACACAUGAUAAAACAUAGGUUAUGCCGUAGAAAGGUGCUGAUUGUUCUUGAUGAUGUCGAUCAGCUUGACCAAUUAAAAGCUUUAGCUGAAUCACAUGAUUGGUUCGGUGAAGGAAGCCGAAUAAUAAUCACAACAAGAGAUGUACAUGUAAUAUCAACUACUGCGCCUAGAGUAGAUGAGAUACACAAUAUUAGUUUGUUAAACGAUGAUGAGGCUAUGGAGCUCUUUUGCAAGCAUGCACCAUGUGGUCACAAACAUAAAGAAGAUUAUGAGCUCCUUUCAAAAAGUGUGGUUUCUUAUGCUGGUGGACUCCCAUUAGCACUUACAGUUCUUGGUUGUUUUCUAUGUGGAAAAGACAUUAAUGAGUGGAGGAGUGCAAUAGCCAGAUUGAAAGAAAUCCCAGAUACAAAUAUUGUGGAAAAGCUACAGAUCAGCUUUGAUGGACUUACACCGGUUGAGAAAGAGUUGUUUCUUGAUAUUGCAUGCUUCUUCAGAGGUCAGUAUAAAAAUGAAGGGAUAAUGGCAAUGCUUGAUGCUUGUGGUUUUUACCCUGUUAUAGGCAUAAAGGUGUUGUUAGAAAAGGCGCUCAUAACAAUUUCAGAUGGAAGGUUUGAUAUGCAUGAUCUGUUGCAAGAAAUGGGACGCUACAUUGUUAGAGGGGAACACCCUGAGAAUCCAGAAAAACAUAGUAGAGUUUGGAAGAAGGAAGAUGUUCUAAAAAUUUGUGCUAUGGAUGCGACGAAGGAACUUGACAUGGUUAAAGCAGUAAGAUUUGAAUGCAAUAGCUAUGAUCUAGUAGAACUUCCUUCGGUUGCAAACCUGAAAAACCUCCGGUGGAUUGAUUGGAGAGGUGAUCUUGCAAGUCCAUUUCCUACUAACUUUCCACCAAAGAACCUUUGUUGUCUGAUAUUGGAUGACAUCUCGCAGAAACGACUUUGGAGGGGUUAUAAGCAUCUUCCAAAUCUGAAGAUCUUGGAACUUGUUAGAUUGAAUAACCUAAUCAUGACACCAGAUUUUGAUAGAAUUCCAAAUCUUGAAAGACUCAUUCUUCGUGGAUGCCAGCGUUUAAAAAAGAUUCAUCCAUCGAUUGGAAACUUGGAAAGGCUCAUUUUCCUAUCUAUAGAGUUUUGUUCUGGUCUUAAGAUAUUUCCACCGAUUAAGCGACUAAAGAAACUCGAGACCCUUUCAUUAUCAGAUUGCCCCAAACUUUUUAAGCUCUUGGGGAUCCAACAGAAAAUGAACGGUCUACUGCAUCUUCAUUCAAAUAUUAGUGGGAAAGAAGUUGCAUCCUACAAAAAGUAUUCUUCAAACUUUGUCGUUACUUGUUGGACGUGUGGUGACACAAAAAUUAGAAACCCAGCAGAGGACCUGAUUGAUGUAGAAGAAUGUUGUUUAGAGGAGCCUUAUUUACCUCGCAACAACAAUACAGUGUUACGGUUUUUUCCCAGAGGCUUAAGAAAGUUAACUCUCCGGUACUGCAGUCUGGGAGAUAAAGACAUUGACUCUGCUGUUUGGGAGUUUCCCAACUUGGAAGAACUCAAUCUAAAAGGAAAUAAGUUUUCAAGAUUAAAUUUUAGUCGAUGGCGACUUCCUCAGCUCAAAUGGCUGGACGUGUCAUGGUGCCAAUUACUUGUAGAAUUGUGGGAUCUGCCAUCAAGUAUAGCUGUUGUUAUAGCGGAUAAUUGUUGGUCACUUGAAAGCUUUGGAGAUAUUUCAAACUGUAAGUGGUUGUGGAAAGUCUCAUUGUGUGGGUACAACAAACUUGGUCCACUUGUUGGUGACAUAUUACUAGACUCCAUGCUCCAGGGAAAUGCUCUUGAAGAUCACUUUAUCAGUGUCAAUCUUGGAUAUCAGAUGAUUCCAAGGGGGUAUUUUAGUAGGCUGUUUAAGGGAACAAAAUUUACAUUGCGUCUUCCAUAUGAUUGGUACAAUGACUUUUCUGGGCUCUUAAUAUGCAUUGUUACCAAAGCAAGACAUCCGCGAAUAAAUAUAAUCAUCAGGCAGGAUGUGGAUGAAGAUAUUCUCUCCGUGCGUUGGCAAGAGUCUAGUGAAGCACCAGCAGAUCCUAAAUAUGAUGGAAGUGGGUCAAUCAUAGGAUAUGUUUCCUUUAGUUCACUGAGGCACACAACAUUAUUGAAUUCUUCAUACAAUAUGAUAUCAUUUUCCAUAGACGGAGGGCAUCUGAGUGGUUUAGCAGCUAACAGUUAUGUUGGAGGUGAGCUCAUUCCUUGGGGAAGUAAAGGGGAUGAGGUGAAAACAACAAAUUGCUCAGAAUUUUGGGACAAGGAAAAUGAAGAUGGUUCAAACACAUUUAAAAUCCGACAACAUGAUUCAAAGUCUUCUGUUGAGAUCUUAUGGCGGCCUUACUACACACAGAAAGUGGUUGUCAAAGUGAAUGUACACGAUGAUAAAGGAAAGCGGAAGGUUUUGAAGGCAGUUUCCACCCUUUCAGGGGUCGAGUCCAUAGCUUUCAGCAUGAAAGAGAAGACACUGACUGUCACUGGGGACGUUGAUCCAGUUUUUAUCGUCGGAAAACUGAAAAAGUAUUGCCACACAGAGAUAGUGACCAUUGGAACAGCCAAAGGUUGGUAGAAGCUUUCAGCAGGACCUUCAAUCCUGAAAUCGUACAAGAGUAUCACAAUGAUUGUGUUAUAUCUGAGCUCUUAGACUUGAGGGAGUGAUGUCAGCAAUACCCACUACAAAAAAUAUGUCAAUUAGUGACCAAAACGAAAUGGUCACUAACAAUAGAAUGAGUCGUCACUAAAUGAUUUAGUGACCAAAAUUUCGGUCGUCACUUUUCGUCACUAUAGGUCCGUCACAAAACCGAUUUAGUGACCAGAUAUAAAUGUGGUCACUAAACAGUGACUAAAAUAUAGUCGUCACUAAAUCUGUGACGACCCGCUUCGUCACUAAAUGUUGUCACUAAUCAAUGAAAGUCGUCACUAUUUUAUCUACUUAGUGUCCAAUAAAAGUCGUCACUGUUUUAUC